AUGAAACAACAUUUAAUAGGCAGGAACUAAACAAAGAUACAUACCAUCACAUACUGUAACACAAGACAAUAACUUAAGAAACUUAAAGUCCCCCUGUGGGGAAAACCAAGUUUUUAAAGUUGUUUAUAUGUCUAUGUGGUGUUUGUAAUAUGCUUUAAGACAAACCAUGUGCAAAUUCAUAAGUCAACACCAUUGCUGAGUAUUUUCUAUUUAAAACUGCAGUGAAAAAAAGACAGUCUCAAACCUGCGAUUUGAAAUCGCUGGCGUUUCUGAUUUCACAAACUACCUUGUAACCAAUCACGUCAACGUUUCUCCAGGCUUUAGCAUAUCAUUAACCAUGACCGCUCAGAAGCAGGACAGUCUCAAGAGAAUAUAUCCCGGUAUAUUUUUCUGUUGAUAUAAAAAAUCGGGUAGAUUUAGCAAUAUAGCGGGUGUAUGAUGUAUAUAACGAUGUUAUGAUGAACUAUAUGCCUUUCUCCACUGACCUUACGGUGUUCAAAGCGUUUCUGAGGAUACUGAUUGUUAGAAGGCAGCUGUUUGACUCGCGAACGGGAACAUGGUUUGUGGAACAUUAGCAACACAUUAUUAGCUGUUUGAUAACAUAGUCAAGCAAAAUGCUAAUCAUAUUAAUUACCUUUAUGUGUCUGGCGUUGUAAAAAGCGAUACCAUUUUGCAGUGUUUACCUCAAGUUCACAGAGUGGCUCUCUUGAGCUCGUGCGAGUGAGUGGAGGCGGGGCUAAUUAGCAUAUUCAUAGAUCCUCGUACUAUAAAUAAGUCAAGGGUGUAGAGUUACAUUCAAACUAUUUUAAGGCAUGAAGAUUUUUUUUUUUUACAGGAAAAAAUGUUUAAAUGUGUCAUUUUGGUGAUCAAAGGUGAGUUUUAAUGGAUAAAAUUAUUGACUAUGGACUUUAAAUGGCUUAAAUACAUAGGAUGAUGAACAUGAUAUACAGCAGGUGAGUUCUAAUCAGUUAAACAACGAAAAAAUGAAUAAAUGAAUAAAUGACAACCAAGUAAAUAGGAACUAAACACACUGGAACUGAACACAGGCAAAAUAAGACAAAUGAAUAUCAAAAUAAAAGUCCAUAGACUCAGACAGGAAUUCGUGACACAAGCUCUUACAUGCUUUAUCACUAGAAAAAAAAAAAAAAAAAACUGAAAUAACCCAUUAAUUAUGAAAGUAUUAUGCAAUCAUUUAAAAUGUUUUUCCCUAUGGAACCUUUUUUGACGUAAAGGGUUCAUUAAAACCCUAGCUUCUAUAUAGAAUCCCAUUGACCUCUUUUUUUUUUCUAAGAGUGUGGGAUCUAAUGAUGAAUCCACUUGAUAGGUUAUUAAUAAGUUGAGAAUAUGUUAGAAUUAUGUUUUUCUUUGGGCUAAAAGUGGGAGGUGGUAUACACAAACACAAAAUAAAAAAAAAUAGUAUCAAUAAUAAAAAAUACAAACAAUUUCGUACACCAAAAUAAACACAGCACCAUUUGUCAAAAUGAUUCAUUUGAUAAAGUAUGUUUAUUGUUAUGUUAUCUGAAGUAGUGGUGAAAUAAAGAGCAUUCAUUAUAUGUUUAUUAUAUAUAAUCUGAAGGGUUCAAGGUGAUGCAUCAUGUUCAGCUGUUGUUCAGAUGGUCAUUGUAUAAAUCUGAAAACAUUGUUGAUAAACAGUGCUUUGUCAAUGAUGGCCAUAAAACAUUUUGAUAUAUAAUAAUAAAUUGAUUCUGAUUAAAUAAGAAUUGAUUACAAAACUGCAUGUGUAUGAGAUUUGAGUGACAGGGUGGUCGUUUUUUUUUUGUGAUGUGGGGGGUGAACGGUGACAUUGUCCCCCCUCGCUGUCACGUGCUGUGGAAUAUGCUGGCUGCCUUUGUCAGCCUGUGACUCGUUCUGCUUUUCUGGCAGUUUCAUACAAUGGUGCCCUCAUGCACUAUGAUGUUAUCAAGCCCCUCACAGUACGACUGCUGGAAUUCAGGCCUGCAUGGAAGCAUCCUUACCUGGGACACAUGGAUAGCACAACCUUGAGACACAGCAAACGCUCAUAGCAAGGAGGACACCAGGAGUCAAAUAUCAGGAUGUCUCUCAGAACAGAGGGGGCCCAGAGUGGUGGUUUUGCUGUGGAGUUUGACAAUGAUAAUGACAGAGAUUCACCUGUGAUCAAAGCCAGGAAUAUACCACGUUUAGCCCUCAUCUACCUCAAGGGUCCCAAGUUCCUCAUCUAUGUGAGCGGAGCAUUAUCUAUGUGGGGUGAUCGCAUGUGGCAUUUCGCCAUCUCCGUCUUCCUGAUUGAGCUGUAUGGUCAUAACCUGCUGUUAACUGGCAUCUUUGGACUGGUGGUGGCUGGAUCGGUGCUCUUACUAGGGGCUUUGAUUGGCGACUGGGUUGACCGCAACCCAAGAAACAAAGUGGCCCAUGCAUCUCUGUUCAUUCAGAAUAUCUCAGUGACCAUCUGCAGCAUCGUACUCAUGUUGGUGUUCUCCUAUAAAAAGUGGAUUGAGGAAAUCUGGGAUGGGUGGCUAACUGUGGUUUGUUAUACGGUGGUGAUCGUCCUGGCAGAUGUGGCGAACCUCGCCAGCACAGCUCUCACCAUUGCCAUCCAGAGGGAUUGGAUAGUGGUGAUCACAGGCUACAACCGUGGUCACCUCGCAGGAAUGAAUGCUACAAUGAGGCGGAUCGAUCAGGUGACCAACAUUCUGGCUCCUCUGGCGGUGGGUCAGGUAAUGACCCUGGCCUCGAAUGUGGUUGGCUGUGGCUUCAUCUUAGGAUGGAAUCUGGUGUCCCUCAUUGUGGAGUUCUUCUUCCUCUCCAGAGUCUACCGUAUCGUACCGGCUCUGUCUGUCAAACCACCAGCAAUGGAACAUCAAAGCUAUUUAGAGAAGAAAAGAGAAAGAAAAUCCUCACAAGGCAGGACCUCAGCAUGUACAACUGGAGCCAUCUCAGAGGAAAGCACCAGCAACCUGCAUUUACAAGAACUAACCCGAAUACCAAUGUGCCUCCAUCGUCUGCGUGGACUCCUCAGCACCUGUCGGGAAGGAUGGAGGGCAUAUUACAGACAGCCUGUUUUCCUAGCCGGCCUGGGCCUGGCCUUCCUUUACACCACAGUGCUAGGUUUUGACUGCAUCACCACUGGCUACGCCUACACCCAGGGCGUUAGCGGCUCGCUGCUCAGCAUACUGAUGGGCGUGUCGGCUGUGGCGGGGCUUCUGGGUACUGUCCUUUUCACAAAGCUGCGGAAAGCAUAUGGCCUGGUCAACACCGGGGUCAUUUCUAGCGGCCUGCACCUAGUUUGCUUGUUACUUUGUGUGUGCUCUGUGUUUGCCCCCGGUAGCCCCAUGGACUUCAGCAUACUAAAUAUGGGGAAUGCGUCAGAUGUGGGAGGAAUGACCGGAGGUCACCAGAGGCACGGAUACCCACUGCGUGGAGGCAGUAACCAGCCUCUGCUGCCAGACCGUUCCUCCAUUCACUGGACCAAUAACACUGUGCUGUUUGAGAACGCACCAGCAGGGUCAGAACCUGAGUCUUACAUUUCCAUUAUCCUGCUGUUCCUUGGAGUCAUUACAGCUCGAGUUGGUCUCUGGUCCUUCGACCUGACAGUGACUCAGCUCUUGCAGGAAACCAUAUGUGAAUCAGAGCGUGGGGUGGUGAAUGGAGUCCAGAGUUCUAUGAAUUACCUGAUGGACCUGCUUCACUUCCUCAUGGUCAUCUCUGCACCCCAGCCACAACACUUCGGCCUCCUUGUCAUCAUCUCCGUCCUGUUCAUUUUCACGGGACACACCAUGUACUUCCUGUACGCCAGGAAAGCCAAGAGAAAACCACGUACAAACACAUAAGCAACACAAAUUUCUCUUUUGCUCACCAGC